AUGGCAUCAUCCAACUCAUCACCAGAUCAUAUCAUCUACCCUACGCAUAUGAUUGACAAUGUCUCGGUCAUCAAGUCCCUCGUCAUGGCAUGGACCCUGCGUUUCAACGAUGUCCUAGACGCCGACAAACUUCACCACACACUUUCGGAUUUGCUUCAAAUUGGCGAUUGGAAGAAAUUUGGGGGAAGACUCAGAGUUGGGAUUAAUCCUAGAGGAGCGCUGGAAAUCCAUGUUCCUUCGACUUUCACCAAGGACAAACCCGCUAUAUCCUUCUCACAUGUGUCAUACGAUAUUGGGAUUGGAGAGCAUAAGCAAUCAAGAUUAUUACCAAAAGCAACCUUUCGGCCAUCGAUCCACCCGGCAAUGGCCCAUGAGCUAGCCAUACCGCCAGGUGCCCCUAAGUCCCUCAAGGACUUCACCAGCAGAGAGGUACCAAUGCUUUCACUCCACAUUGUUUCCUUUCAAGACGCGACCUUGGUAACAAUUUCUUGGCCUCACGUUCUUUUUGAUGCUGUUGGCUUCUCUCACCUGGUCGAGGCGUGGUCAUCGGUCCUUGCGGGUCGCAAAGAAAGGGUCCCAGCUCUCAUUGGGGCUAGAGACGAUGUUCUGUACGGCAUCGGAGAUCUGUCGCAAGCCAGUCCUCAUCACUUAUCGAGUGAAAGCCGGAUUCUUUCGGGUCUGGCGUUACUGUGGUUUGUUGUCAGGUUUAUUUGGAAUAUCCUCGUCAACCCAACUGUGGAGAGCCGUGUCAUCUGCAUCCCCAAAGAUGCAGUAGAACGACUACAUCAGAGAGUAUUGGACGAUAUCCAGGACGGGAAAGAUGGUGUACAUGAUCCCUGGGUCAGCCCAAGUGAUGCAAUUCUUGCUUGGCUCAGUCGAACUAUGUUUGACUCUGCGUCCUAUCCCGUCAGUAUGACCACUCCGAUUGACGCGCGCACACGCCUAUCUCAUUUCAAGGAUGCAAAGGGUGUUUAUAUCCAGAACAUGAUACUAGGUUCUUUUGUUGCAUUGUCUCCCAAAACGUUCCAGGGACCAUUGGGAAAUCAAGCUCUCGAGAGCCGACAGGGUAUGCUGGAUCAGAUGGAAGAAACGAACCUCGUAGGUAUACUGCAAUUAUUCCGCAAACGCUGGGAUAUUGGCAAAACCCGAGCACCGAUAUUUGCCGCACCUGGUAGUGUAAUCCUCACCACCAACAGCAGACUCAAGGUCGAUCUUUUCACAAAGGCCAAUUUCAGUCCGGCGGUCCUUCAAGUAGAUAACAGCCAAACUCGGAGUAACCCGCUUGGUACCCCGGUUUAUCACUAUGCAGCAACAAUCAACCCAAGCAUCGCAUUCAGAAACUUUGUUAACAUUCACACAAGAGAUCCAGAGGGAAAUUACUGGUUAACGGGGUUCUUUACACCACGACAGUGGUCGAAGAUUGAGACGAGCUUUGAGAAGUUAAUAUGA